GUCAGUUGUGCCAGUGGUUUCGGUGAUGGUAGUCUCAGUGGUUUCACUUGUGGGGGUGUCAGUUGUGCCAGUGGUUUCGGUGAUGGUAGUCUCAGUAGUGCCACUUGUGGGGGUGUCAGUUGUGCCAGUGGUUUCGGUGAUGGUAGUCUCAGUGGUGCCACUUGUGGGGGUCUCAGUUGUGCCAGUGGUUUCAGUGAUGGUAGUCUCAGUGGUGCCACUUGUGGGGGUCUCAGUUGUGCCAGUGGUUUCAGUGACAGAUGUCUCAGUGGUGCCACUUGUGGGGGUGUCAGUUGUGCCAGUGGUUCCGGUGAUGGUAGUCUCAGUGGUGCCACUUGUGGGGGUGUCAGUUGUGCCAGUGGUUUCGGUGAUGGUAGUCUCAGUGGUGCCACUUGUGGGGGUGUCAGUUGUGCCAGUGGUUUCAGUGACAGAUGUCUCAGUGGUGCCACUUGUGGGGGUGUCAGUUGUGCCAGUGGUUCCGGUGAUGGUAGUCUCAGUGGUGCCCCUUGUGGGAGUCUCAGUUGUGCCAGUGGUUUCAGUGACAGAUGUCUCAGUGGUGCCACUUGUGGUGGUGUCAGUUGUGCCAGUGGUUUCGGUGAUGGUAGUCUCAGUGGUUCCACUUGUGGGGGUCUCAGUUGUGCCAGUGGUUUCAGUGACAGAUGUCUCAGUGGUGCCACUUGUGGGGGUGUCAGUUGUGCCAGUGGUUUCGGUGAUGGUAGACUCAGUGGUGCCCCUUGUGGGGGUGUCAGUUGUGCCAGUGGUUUCGGUGACAGAUGUCUCAGUGGUGCCACUUGUGGUGGUGUCAGUGGUUUCGCUGAUGGUAGUCUCAGUGGUGCCACUUGUGGGGGUCUCAGUUGUGCCAGUGGUUUCGAUGAUGGUAGUCUCAGUGGUGCCACUUGUGGGUGUGUCAGUUGUGCCAGUGGUUUCGGUGAUGGUAGUCUCAGUGGUGCCACUUGU